CUUUCUGGAAUUCCUUGGUUUGCUUUAUUUGCUUCCAGUUUCAUUGCCCUCUCUCUCUCUCCUCUCUCUCUCUCUCUUAUCUUCUGCCUUUUAUAUAUUUAAAGAGAUCUUUCUUAGCUUUCUACCCUUCAAUUUUUUUACUUUUUUCUUUUGUGUUAGGGGUGUUGUCGGUGUUGGUGAUUGUGUUGGUUCUAUGGUAUCAAUUGGAUUGCAUAUCAAGAUAGAGUGAAAAAGCAACCACACUUAGUGUGAGGGUAGAGAAAGUGAAAUAAAAGAAGGGUUUUGUUGUGUGGAAAUCUAUAAUCUUGUCUAAUACAAAGCAAGAAAAUGCCCUUAGAAGGGACUUUCAUAGAACCACAACCAUCUUCCUCCUCUUCAACAACACUUCCUGAUCUCUCUCUCAACAUUAGCCUCCCAAACACUUCUUCUUUAUCGUCUUCGAUUCACAACGAUACGCCUUUGAAAUCGGAUAACAUCCAACAACAACCAUACAACUACCUCUCCCUUACACAUCCAUCACAAAAUUUUGCUACUCAAAGAAAUCAAGAAAAUAGUAGUCAUGACUAUUUGAGGCCCAUAAAGGGGAUUCCAGUGUAUCGAAACCAUUCGUUUCCGUUUUCGCCUAAUAUGGACCAUGCUUCUCUACAGAAAGAUCCAAAGAUAUGUUUCUAUCCAUCAUCUUCAACUUCUAAUUCACCUUAUUUUGGUGCAAGUGGAGGUCACAUGCCCUUUUUGAACCCUGGGCUCAAUGGUCCCUCUUCGUCGUGUUAUCGUCUACCCUUUGGUGGUGGUGCUAGUAGAAUCACCGGGUUAUCUUCUUCGUAUCCACAACACCACCAGUUCUAUGGUGGAACUGGAGGUGGAGUACCAAUUCCUCAUGAAAUCUCACAUGGUUUGAUGAGAUCAAGAUUUUUACCCAAGCUUCCCGCUAAGAGAAGUAUGAGGGCACCUCGGAUGCGAUGGACGAGCACCCUUCAUUCGCGCUUUGUUCAUGCCGUCGAGCUUCUUGGAGGCCACGAAAGAGCAACCCCCAAAUCAGUUUUGGAGUUAAUGGAUGUUAAAGACCUUACACUAGCUCAUGUCAAGAGUCAUUUACAGAUGUAUAGAACUGUUAAAACAACUGACAAACCUGCAGCUUCCUCAGGCCAAUCAGAUGGAUCUGGAGAAGAUGAUGUUUCAACCAUGGGAAUUGGAGGGAUAAGUCAUUUUGUAGAUCAAAGAGGGUUGUCGGAUCAACAAGAAUCCGACAACCCUAAUUACGCGGCUGCUGCUCCAGCCACAAACACGCUCUGGAGCAAUUCAUCGAGCAAUAGGGAGGAUUGGCUGCAGACAAACAGUGACAUAAAUGACCUCAGACCCUCAUCCACCAUGUUACCACAAGCGAAUGCAAGCCAUCUACUCGAGGAAUGUGACCCUUCAAUAUCGAAGAGCUACUUAGGAUUCGGUAUGGAUCACAAAAACCCGAGCUUAGAGUUCACGUUGGGCAGACCAGAUUGGCUUCAAAAAGAACACAACUGAUCGAUGUUACCUAUUUUUUCGCUCUACUUUCUUUUUGCAUUUUGAAGUACUGCUUCAGUUUGUCCAUGUAACAAACAAACUGAAGAAGUAAUUCCAAAAGGAAGAACAAGGCGAAGAAAAAGUUGAAGAAGGUUUAAGAAGCUAUAUUUUUCUUCUUAAAAUUUAUGUUCACUAGUCUCCUAUCAUAUAGCAUCCUACUUCUUCCUUUUCUUCUCUCUUGAUUUCUAUGAUUUUGUAGGAUUCGUUUUUUCCUAUACUUUCUCUUUGGUUUUUCAUGUCUCUUUGAGAUAGGAAGGAGCCCACAGACCGAGGGGGAGAUGAACUAUAUCGUAUGUUGUGAUUCGAUAUUUUCAAACUAAAGGUUAGACAAUAUUAUGAGAAUACCAUCAACAUUUACCAACAUGCUUCGUUGGUUUGUUUUUACUAUCAA